AUGAAUAAUGAUGAUGGCUUCACCAACGUUGAACAAAGCACGCAGUCCCUCGAAAAUUAUGAGGAUAAUAUGAGCAAUAGUUGCGAAUGGCAGCAUUGCGGAUCUGGAUUAACAGAGCUGUUACGACAGCGACUGGCAAAUUCUUUGAAUGAAGAACUGGAUAACUUUCGUCAAUCAAUGGAUAUGUUAACAAAGAACUUGUCUCUCUGA